GUGAGGGUGUUCCUUUCAGCAUCCCAGUCGCGGUCGGAGUUCAGUGCCGGUAUCAACGCAUUCGGACGAAGACUGGCAUCGUUUGGCUUCGUUCAGUGACGCAAAGUACCCUUAAAAGCAACUGUUCGAACAACAGCCAUAAGGAAAAUAGCAAGGCCAGCUGCCGUAAUAUUGGUUUAGGCAAGCAAGAGGCAUGAAAAUGGCACUGGUACUCGUGGUAUCCCUGGCGACCCUCUUCGUAGGAGUCAGCCCUCAGUGCAUAUCCACGAACGAUGAAAUGACCCCUUUUCCACGGCCUGAUCUCGGCCACAUCACGCCCUUCAGUGUCGACCUGUUCAAAGAGGUCCUACCGUCGACGGGGAACUUCAUCUUUUCGCCGUACAGCGUGUGGUCGGCUCUCGUCCUGGCCUACUUCGGGUCCGGCGGGAACACCCAGGCCCAGCUGGAGCAGGUCCUCCAGCUCACCAACAAGGAGGAGACGCUAGCCUUGUACAAGAGCAUCGAUCAAAUCUACGGCGGGGUGCAGCGGGCUUUGCGUGCUGGCGGAGGCGCGAACAGGAUGCGUGGGCGGAGGGGCUGCAGACGCCCUGGGAAGGCAGACGGAGAGGGCGAGAACGAGACCAAACGCUCCCAGAGGUGUCGCGGCAGGAGAAUGAAAGGUUUCAGAUCUGCAAAGAUGGAGAAAACCAAGCGCAGGCAACCACGAAGAGGAAACGGGGCAGGGGCCGUGGCGCGGGGAAAGAGAACGGACAAUGCCAGCUACACCAUCAGCGUCGCCAACCGAGUGUACGUUCAGGAAGGCUUCCCUCUGCGAAGAUGCGUCCGCAGGGCUCUCAUUAAGGAGCUGAAGACCGUCGACUUCGAGGAGGGAGAGGCCGCCGCCGAUGCCAUCAACAGGUUCGUGAAGGGCACCACGCGCGGCAAGAUCCCCAAGAUGGUCGAACCUGCGGACCUGAUUUCCUCCAUGAUGGUCCUGAUCAACGCCGUCUACUUCAAGGGCCUGUGGAAGGUGCAGUUCGACUCGAGGACCACCCGGCUCGCGCCCUUCACGACGGCGUCGGGCAAUCGGACGCAGGUGGAGAUGAUGAGGGUGGAAGCGGAGUUCAACAUCGGAAUGUCGGAGGAGCUGGAGGCUCAGGUCCUGGAGAUGCCUUACCGAGGGGAAGGGGCGUCCAUGUUCGUUUUGCUUCCUCGAGACCGAAGCGAGGAGGCUCUGGAGAUGAUGGUCGAGCGUCUGACGGGCGCGACGCUCAAAUCUGCCAUGAGGAAGCUGAGCAGCAGGAACGUGACCGUCGGCCUCCCCAAGUUUAAGCUGGAGACGAGCAUUCGGGACGAACUCAAGAUCGGUCUGACCAGCAUGGGCAUCGGCGACCUGUUCUCUCCCGUGGCCGCAGACAUGUCCACCUUCUCCCCCAGCGAGCGCCUGGUCCUCAACGACGGCAUCCACAAGGCAGUCAUCGAGGUGAACGAAGAGGGCUCGGAGGCGGCGGCGGCGACGGCGCUCUUCUUCGGCAGGAGCGCCAGGAGGAAGCCGUCAUUCGUGUGCAAUCGGCCCUUCCUCUUCUUCAUCCUCGACAAGGCCACCAGCAACGUGCUCUUCAUGGGGGCGUUUAGGGAGCCCUAGGUGAUGGGAAUUGGCCUUUGCGCACACGCAUAGGUAGA